AGAGAGAGAGAGAAUCAGAGAAGAGACGGGAAAAGAAGGGGAGGAGAUGUACGCGGAGGCGGAGCUUCAGUAUCCCUUCUUGCAAGGAUUUCCGCCGGAGCUGGCGGUGGCGGUGCCGCCACACCAGCAUCAGCACUACUCCCAGCUGGCACCCUUGGGCAUCAGCUUUCCAAGUGGUGGACCCCACAUGGACAACAUGAUGCACGCCUCUGUUAUAUCAGAUUAUGACCUGGGUGGAGAAGGGGAUCUAUUCAAAGCUCCAGAACCCAUCAUAGAAGAACCAAUACUUCCGCUUGAUCCCAUGACAGCUGCCAUGUCCAUUAUAUCUGGAGGAGAAGAUGUCAUGACAGAAACAUUUAAGGUUGGGGACAUGGAGUCGAUCCAAGCUGAUCAUCUACUGAACGAUGUCUUCUAUGAGUGCAAGAAGGACCUCCUAGAGAAAUCUGCAAUUGAAGAGUCAUUUUCUGAGGUAUUAGAUGUAAAGAUUCCUGCAGUGCAAAUAGAAGAAGAUUCAAACACAGAGAAAAUUACCUUAGUUGCAGAAGGACCAUUGCAGAAAAGUGUCAGCUCUGGGUGUCUAGCCUCAAUGGAGUGGAUCCACGGUAGCACAAUUAGACCAAACUUUCUUGAUUUUCAAGGACUGGAUCUUGAAGCUGCAUUUGGGAUGAGGAGAGCAUAUAGUGAGGGAGAUAUUCAGAAUCUUGGCAAUAAUAAUACAAAUUUUGGAAUUACAAGUGCUGUUCGUUCGUCAUUUGAGAGGCUUUUAACCAUCAGUGACAUCAAGAGUGAAGAACGAAGGCAAAAGCUUUCCAGAUACAGAAAGAAGAAGACCAAGAGAAACUUUGGCAGAAAAAUCAAGGAUGACCACAAUCCUCAAUUCGCCCUGCUCCACCAAAAAGAAAAAGGAAAGAAAAGUAUGCUUGCAGGAAGGCCCUAGCAGACAGUCAGCCACGGGUACGUGGAAGGUUUGCGAAGACUGAAGAAUGUGAGGUUUCAAGGCCAAACAAGUAAAUGUAUAUUAUUCCUGUAGGAAAUGGUUAUAAGUUAAUAGCAGCACACAGAGCUCUGCAAACUACUAGAUGCGAGCCCCUCAAUGGAGAAGGUCAAAAACCGUAUGGGGGGUCCUUGAAUUCUGAGGGAAACCUCUGUCGUUGGGAUAUCUGCUUUGAUGUAAUAAAAUAAUUGUUGCUUGAAGGACAUGGAGCUGUACUCCUGUAAAAAGUUUUGAAUAAAAUGAAAUUUGCUACCUCAUAUUGGGUUAAA